CUUUGUUUUUGCGUUCAUCAAAGUAGAGAGGUGGAAGAUAAUGCUCACUACAUACCUGCACUAUUUGAAAUAGAACAUGUACAGGAAGGGCCGAAGGCAGUUCACCGACUGAUAACGCACUUUCGACCCACAGUCACGCCAGCGGUGCGGGCAGUCUUAUAACUAUUCCCCGCCCUACACUCCCACCACAAUCAAGGGGGUCGAAUUCUCCACCAUUUGUGAAACCGCAUCAUGACAUCCAAGGGCAGUCACCUGCGCUAUCCCGGCCCAGGAAUCCACGAGCCAGCUCGUGCACCACGUCGCCGAUUCCUGAGACGCUGGCGACGAUCCAUUGGAGGUGUUGCGUUGGUCGCAACUCUGCUGCUGGUCUCCGUCAGGUCCCCUGCAGAUCUACUCACUCCGACCACCUCUGCAGCGACCAAACGAGAAUUCUACGAAGGACUGCAGCAAUGCCACGAUGUGCAUGAUCGAGGCCUGCGAGAGCCUGUCGCAUCAGCAAGCAGGGCCAAUCCCCGCUGGAACCCCGUCGCAGGCCAAGAAGAAGCCAUCGUCAUCCAGAAUGCGACGCUCUUCGACGGGGAAUCCACCCUCGACGACCGGGUGGAUAUCAUCUUCGACGCCGGAGUGAUCCGCUCGGUGCUCCCGACUUGGCAACACACCCCUUUGCCAGCCAACGCCCAGGUCAUCGACGUGCACGGCUCAUUCGUCACCCCGGGCCUGGUAGACAUGCACUCGCAUCACUUGCUGCUCUCCUUCCCGCAGCUCCCGGCCACCAAGGACGUCAACGAGAGCCCGCUCCUGGGCCCGCUGACCUCCUUCGUGCGUGCCGUGGAUGGGUUCAACCCGGACGACCCAGCCAUCAAGAUCAUCGCUUCGGGGGGCGUGACCUCGUCGCUGAUCCCCCCGGGAUCGGCAAAUGUUAUCGGCGGCGAAGCCUAUCUGGUCAAGAAUCUUCUCCGACCCGGCCCAGACGGCGAGCCGGUCAUCGAAGAGUUGCUCCUCGACCAUGGUAUUCCCGAGGCGCAGCGCCAGCGGUAUCUCAAGAUGGCGUGCGGGGAGAACCCCCGACGGUUCUACGGACACACCCGCCUCGGUCUCGCCUGGUUGCUGCGCGAAGAAUUCAACAAAGCACGAGAGCUGCACUACCGCCAGACCGAAUGGUGCCAGGCGGCUUUCCAGAUCGAGGAGAGCAGGGUGGGGCAGAGUCAGCAGAUUGCUAGUUUUAUCGACCGACAGGGCAAGCGACCGGAAGAAUUCAAGCUCGACACGCUGGUGGCGUUGCUGCGCGGAGAGCUCAAUCUGAACGUGCACUGCUAUACGCCCGACGAUCUGGAGCGCAUGCUUGCCGUGCUGCACGAGUUUGGAGUGCAUCCUCGGGCGUUCCAUCACGCAUUGUCGGCGUGGCAGGUGCCGGAAUUCCUCAAACAUCUCGAAGAAAACAUCACCAUUGCCACGUUCGCCGACAACGGGCUGUACAAGGCCGAGGCCUACGAGUCGAAUCUGCGAGGGCCCAAGAUUCUGGACGAGCACGGUCUCCGCGUGGCCCUGAAAUCGGAUCACACAGGAGAAGGCAAUUACGCGAAGUACCUCCUCGACCAGGCAGCAAUCGCCCACUCGUUCGGCCUAUCCGAGGAAAAGGCCCUGCAAUCAGUGACCUCGAUCCCGGCUCGCUCCAUCCAGCAAGACCACCGCAUCGGCUACGCUCGCCCUGGCUACGACGCCGAUCUCGUGGUCUGGGAUGACCAUCCGCUGCAAGUGGGCGCCACUCCAGUCGAGGUGUUCAUCGACGGUCGCGCCGUGCUCGAAUCGCCCACCUUACUAUCAAUCCAAGACAACGAGGUCGCGGCACAAGCCGCACCAGCCGUGCGAUCCUCCGUCGCCACAGCCGAGCGGGACCGCGUAUGCGCACCCGUGCGCGAUCAAGCGUCCCACGCGAACAUCCUCUUCACCGGCAUCCAGCACGUCCUCCUCAACUCGACCACAAAUCCCCACACAGAAGCAGCGCACGACAGAGUCCUCCUGCUCACAAACGGCCAGAUCACCUGCCUCGAUACCAAGUCAACCUGUCUCGCGCAGACCACCAGUGAAUCCCUCACGCAGAUCGAUCUCCAGAACGGAUACAUCACGCCCGGCCUCGUCGCCUUCGGCAACAAGUUGGGCAUCGAGGACAUUGCCUCCGAGCCCUCCACCGGCGCCGGCAAGGACGUCAAGGGCGCGGCCGACCCGCUGAACGAGCAGAAGAGCGUGCAUUUCGCCAAGUACGGCGUGCAUCUGGGCGGCCGCGCCUUCGGCCGGGCGCAGAUCGGCGGCGUGACCAAGGCCGUGACCCCGCCGCUGAGCGCGGGCAUCAUACAAGGGGUAAGUGUGGGGCUCCGGACCCACGAGCAGGCGACGAUCCUGGACGGGGGGAUCUGGAAGGACGACGUGGCGCUGCACUUCACGGUGGGCCAGUCGGCGAGAAACGACAACACCCCCACCGUCCUGUCGGGGAUCGAACGGCUGCGGCAGGUGUUGGAGCAGGGAGGCAGCGACAGCUCGGGGGUUUACGCGCGAGCGGCGAACGGGUCUCUUCCGGUGGUUGUGCAUGCUUUCCACCAGG